UUCUCAGCGCCUCUGGUCUUCUUCCUCCUCCUCUCUCAGCGCCUCCCUUCUCUGCUCGCAAGACCGCCGCCGCCCCUUAUCGGAACCAGCCGAGGUAGCCGAGCCAUGUCGCAGUCAGCUUGCAGCGUGCGCAGCCGUCGCUCGUUGCCGGAGGUUCCGACCGGGUUGCUGCUGAUACGGUGCCCGACAUGCAAGUUGGCGACGGUGAUAGAGCUCACUGCAAAGAACACACCGAACCGGGGGAGGAAAUUCUUCAAGUGCCCACGCAACCAGCCAUAUAUCCCAAAUGGUUGCAAUUUUUAUGCUUGGUUGGAGGAGUACGAAGAAGUGGUAGCAAAUGGUGGGAUGCUUGUGGAUUCAGCCUGGAGACCCAAUGCCAUUCCUGACCGCACUGAAUCAACGGCAGAGAAAUUGGAAGAAGCAUCAAUGAAGAAGGAGGCGGAGAAGAAGGAAGAUGUAGCAUCAGUGAAGGAGAUUGCAAGAUGGGGAAAGGCAAUACUGGUGUUGGGUCUGCUUAAUUCGAUGCUCAUGGUGUUUUUGCUGGUUGCUGUCUUGGUCAAGUAGAGUAGGACAAGUCACUUUGGUGGUUCUGGAUCAAGUAGAGUUGUUGUCUUGGUCAAGUAGAGUAGCACAAG